AAAGAGGAAAAAGGCAAAAAAAGAAGAAGAAAAAAAGAGAGUAAAUUAUCUUCUUUUUCCCUGUUCUUAUGAUCGGCUCAUGAUAGUGAAGGUCAUCUCAUCACAGAUGAAAAUUUUCUAGCAGAGAAGAGAAUCGAGUUCUCCACCAACUUCGUUGCUACUGUUUAAUUGCCCCCUUUUUCUUUGUUCACCCCCUUUCAUCGUUUUUUGUCACCCAUACUUUCUCGUCAUAUGUUUGUUGUUUGUGAGCAGACAAGUCUCCUGCUUCCUCUUUUGUCAGCGGACUUUCCGAAGCUUUUCUCAUUUUUCACUCCUGAGCAAUAUUAAUUCCUACGAAUCGAUAUACAUUAGCCGCUGAGGAGGAGGUAGAAAGAGAGAUUUUUUACAAGCUCAAGCGAUCAGCGUUGCGGGUCUCCGUUGGAAUCUGCUGAAGAUGCAAGCGACUGCACCUUGUACUGUGAAAGGAAGUAUAGGGUAUGGGUAUGGGCUUCAGAGGUCAACAGGCUUGUCUGGUUUUGGAUGCAGAGGAUGUACAGAGUUGAGGAGUACUCGGCAGACUGAUAAGGUCAGCUGCAGGGGAUUGCGUCUCAGUUCGGGCUCAAUGGGGCCAGAGCUUGCACGUGCUAGAAGCGGCAUCGACAGUCUCUUUAGGUCCUCUGCCAAGUCUAGAUCAGUCAAAUCCCAAGCCUCGGGAGAAGAUCUUGAGGAUGUUGUUCCAAUGAUGCCACAAGGCAAAAGUUCUGGAUCAGUUUUGCCUUACGUCGGGGUGGCUUGUCUUGGAGCGAUUUUGUUUGGCUAUCAUCUCGGAGUUGUCAAUGGUGCUCUUGAGUACCUUGCUAGAGAUCUUGGAAUUGCUGAGAAUACCGUUUUACAAGGAUGGGUUGUGAGCACACUUCUCGCUGGUGCCACGGUUGGCUCAUUCACUGGAGGAGCAUUAGCAGAUAAAUUUGGCAGGACAAGAACAUUCCAGCUAGAUGCGAUCCCACUAGCUAUAGGUGCAUUUCUUUGUGCUACUGCACAAAGUGUGCAAACAAUGAUAAUUGGUCGUCUGCUUGCUGGAAUUGGAAUUGGGAUCUCUUCCGCUAUUGUUCCUCUAUACAUAUCUGAGAUAUCACCAACUGAGAUUCGCGGUGCCCUAGGAUCAGUUAAUCAACUGUUCAUAUGCAUCGGAAUUCUCGCAGCAUUGGUAGCUGGAUUGCCCUUAUCCGGAAAUCCUUUAUGGUGGAGGACAAUGUUUGGUAUUGCGGUUGUUCCUUCUGUUCUUCUGGCAAUAGGGAUGAUAUUUUCUCCAGAAAGCCCUCGCUGGCUCUUUCAGAGAGGGAAAAUUGUUGAGGCUGAAAAGGCCAUAAAGACAUUGUGUGGGAAAGAAAGGGUUGCUGAAGUUAUGCAAGAUUUAACUGCAUCUUGUCAAGGCAAUGUGGAACCCGAAGUGGGGUGGUUCGACCUGUUCAGUAGCCGUUACUGGAAAGUUGUGAGUGUUGGUGCUGCACUUUUCUUGUUUCAGCAGUUGGCAGGCAUAAAUGCUGUGGUAUAUUACUCGACUUCUGUGUUCCGCAGUGCUGGGAUUGAGUCUGAUGUCGCUGCAAGUGCUCUAGUUGGGACAGCGAAUGUUCUUGGUACAACUGUUGCAUCUUCUUUGAUGGACAGGCAAGGGAGAAAGAGUCUUCUGCUAAUAAGCUUUGGUGGAAUGGCUGCUUCAAUGCUGCUUCUUUCCCUGUCCUUCACCUGGAAUGUCCUGGCACCAUAUGCGGGCUCUCUUGCUGUUAUCGGCACUGUCCUCUAUGUUUUGUCCUUCUCCCUUGGUGCCGGACCCGUGCCCGCACUUCUUCUUCCUGAAAUAUUUGCUUCGAGGAUCCGUGCGAAAGCUGUUUCACUCUCACUGGGCAUGCAUUGGAUAUCCAACUUUGUGAUUGGACUGUGGUUCCUGAGCGUCGUGAACAAGUUUGGGAUCAGCUCAGUGUACUUGGGAUUCGCAUCUGUCUGUCUCCUUGCUGUCCUGUACAUAGCUGGUAAUGUAGUGGAAACUAAAGGACGCUCACUGGAGGAAAUAGAGCGUGCUCUUAAUCCUGCAAUAUGAUAAAAUUUCACUGGCAGCAACUACUCUACGUGAAUUCUUCCCUCAGGCGGACCACUCACUCCUGCAGAUAUAAUAGCGUUUCUUGUUCUUAAAUGUGAAGAUUCGUCCUUAAUCCAGCAUUUUGAUGUUUUGGGCUUGGCUGUUCGACCUCGACAGUUAACCAGUUUCUUACUGGAAUUUUCUGUAGAAUCGUUAGGUUAGUCACCAUAAGACAUCGUGAGACAUUGAACUAGAGUCUUGUCUGUCAAUAUAUGCGAGAGUUAACCAUGAAUAAGCUCCAUGGGGAACAAAACCUUGAGGAAGUCUUGUUUGUUUACGGAGUCAUACUCUACUCAAUUUAACUCCACCUUGCUUUUUCCGUAA